CCCGCCAGAUCACGAUCAAGAAGGACCAGGUCAGAUCGGAAACUAGCGAACUGUACCAGAAUGCUGCACUGUAGGGAUUAGAACCGUAGGUUUACAACGACCGACACAGGUCACACUCGGACACACCGUAAACCUUCUCGUGGCAUUUUUGCCGGGAAGAAACCCGUCGCUCCGACCGUCGGCGAAUCGUUGUCUGAACGUGGUUUUCCCUCCCUCCCAACGCCGGACUCUUCCUGCGGUGUGAUUGUCGAGAGUUUUUGAAGUUGGAUGCGUUUCUUUGAAAUCUGGAAUUUGAGUUUCUGCGGGAGUGUUCUUGAGGAAGUGUUCUUUUUCUUUCCGGAGCUUGUUUUUGGGGAUUAGCUUGUUGGUGAUGGAGGUUCUUGAGCUUUGGAGGAAGAGGGCGGGAAGUAUUGAAUGGCGGUAGAGUAUAAAUGUUGCGGGUCGGAGUUUUUCAUUCACAUAGCAAUAAUUGUGUUAUUGGUUAUGUUUGCUGGCAUGAUGUCUGGGCUUACUUUGGGACUCAUGUCGAUGAGCCUCGUGGAUCUUGAAGUUCUGGCGAGGUCUGGAACCCCCAAAGAUCGAAAGCAUGCCGGAAAGAUAUUGCCAGUUGUCAAAAAGCAACAUUUAUUGCUUUGCACCCUCCUUAUUUGCAAUGCAGCUGCUAUGGAGGCACUUCCCAUUUUUCUCGAUGGCUUGGUUUCAGCUUGGGGUGCUAUUCUUAUUUCGGUCACACUGAUCCUACUGUUCGGUGAGAUUAUACCACAAUCUGUUUGUUCUCGAUAUGGUCUAGCUGUAGGAGCAGCCCUUGCUCCGUUUGUCCGCGUGCUUGUUUGGAUCUGCUAUCCAGUUGCAUAUCCCAUAAGCAAGCUACUAGACUUUCUCCUGGGCCAUGGGCAUGUAGCUCUUUUUCGCAGAGCUGAGUUAAAAACCCUUGUUGAUUUGCAUGGUAAUGAGGCUGGAAAAGGUGGUGAACUGACACAUGAUGAGACCACAAUCAUUGCAGGGGCACUUGAGCUCACUGAGAAAACGGCUAGUGAUGCCAUGACUCCCAUAUCCGAAACUUUUGCAGUUGAUAUCAAUGCCAAGCUGGACAGAAAAUUGAUGAAUUUAAUUUUGGAGAAUGGGCAUAGCCGAGUGCCAGUAUUUUAUGAGCAACCUACAAACAUAAUUGGACUUGUUCUGGUGAAGAAUUUAUUAACCAUUCACCCAGAAGAUGAUGUACCUGUAAAAAGUGUCACUAUUCGCCGGAUUCCGAGGGUUCCAGAGACUUUGCCCUUGUAUGACAUCUUGAAUGAGUUUCAAAAAGGUCACAGCCAUAUGGCUGUUGUAGUGAGGCAGUACAGUAAGGCUUUGGAGCAGCCUGCAACCAAGACCCCUGCUGAUGGUAAACAUGAACUUCACUCAAGAGAUGUUAGGGUAGACAUUGAUGGUGAAAAGAAUACCCAAGAGAAGAGUUUACAAGGAAAAAGAACACUCCAGAAGUGGAAGAGUUUUCCCAAUAGUGCAAGUAAUUCACAUAGGGGCACGUCUAGGAGUAAGAAGUGGACAAAGGACAUCUACUCGGAUAUAUUACAGAUUGAUGACAAACCACUUCCAAAGCUCCCAGAAGAAAAAGAAGCCGUGGGCAUAAUCACAAUGGAAGAUGUCAUUGAAGAGCUGUUGCAGGAGGAGAUCUUUGAUGAGACGGAUCAUUAUGAGGAGUCGUAGCCCUGGCUUUGCUGGAGCAUAGGGUGGUGCAUUACGGAUGAUCACAAAAAAAAUUGCUUCAUUUGUUUUAGAAUGUAGUGUGGGACCCAGGGAGAGUGAAAAUCCAACUCGAAGUUCAAUGGGAGACUUGGUACAACUGUUUUUUGUAUGUGUUAAGUGGUCGAGAAAUGGGGAGAGAAAUGUAUGUUUUCUUGUAUUCUGCCUUUAUUGAUCAUUUCUGUUGAGCCGUAUGAGAUGGAAAACAGAGAAAAAAUAGAGGGUAAAAGUUUUACAUCUUGAAUUGAGGGUAGAGUUGGCUCAAAGCUUGUUGCAAAAUUGUGGUCUGUUAAAAUUCCAAAUAUCUUUGUGAAUAAUGAGUAAAUUAGGAAAGUGGGUAAAUGUAGAAGAUUAUAUAUUAUUCUAUAGGAGAUUAUUUCCUUGUUUAGAAUA